AUUCCAUGUUAUCGGAGAAAAAUGGCGGUGUGGAGUAGUAUUUUGCGUGCCGCAAGGCAAAAAUUGCUGCAGAAUAGCGGCUCCGGAACAGCAUUGAUAAAAAAUGGACAAGCAAGAUGCAUGUCAGAAGAACGUACAUUUGUCAUACGACCGAGCAACUUUCAGUGGCACAAAACGAAAGAUUAUUUCCACUUUUACUUUUUAUUCGGUGCUAUUCCUAUGGGGAUCGUGAUCACCUUAGUUAACGUAUUCAUCGGUCCUGCCACCCUCGAGGAAAUCCCUGAAGAUUACGUUCCAAAAGAAUGGGAAUAUCUUCAGCAUCCAAUUAAAAGAUUCCUUCAACGUUACUUUUUUCCGUCGCCGCAACAGGAAUACGAGAAAUUUCUGCAUCACAUAUACCAUGAGAACCAACUCAGAAAAGUUAGGCUUCUUGAACAGCAGGUGAACGUUGCAAUGGGCACCCAUCGCGAUUACAGAAGUUCAUACUUCCAGGAUUUCUACGGCGCCAAGUAUCUUCAUCACUAUAAACAAUCUUUGAACAAAUAUAUUGAAAAAUAAAAUCGAUAUCAUUUGGCUUGUGACAAUUAAUUUUGAUUUAAGAGCUCUGUGAGAGCUGGGGAAAAUUAUUUGAUCAAGUGUAGAUACGUAGAUUACGUACUCUUGGUAAAUUCAUGCUGAAGAGUAAAUCCUGCGCAGUGUUAACUCUGUCGAUAAGUAUGUCACAUUGUACAGUUACUAUAUAGUUAAUAAAAUCUUGAUUAAAAUUC